UAAAAUAUAUAGAAGUAAGCUCAGAUUUCACAAACAGUAUUUGUAUACCGAGAAAAAGAACAACUAAUUUGUGAAAAAUGCCAUGCGUCGGAUGUGAAAAGGAAUGCAAAUGCACCGCAGAGAAGUGCUCUGAGAGCUGUAAAUGCAGCGCGCCUGGCAAAUGCGGCUGUAACCCAUCCAAAUCAACCGAAACCUCGAGCGGCGGUUGCUGCAAAAAAGUUGAGGGUGCUGGCGAGAGCAAAGUAGAGCAUGAGUGCUGCAAGAACGCCAAGAACUGAAUUAAGAAAGAUGAAUAUAUUGUAAAAGAACCAAAUCGAUGUAUUUUGCUUCAUUUGAUGAAAAUAUACCUGCUAGUAAGCUAUGUAUUUGUCAUCAUUAAACAUAAUCAAAAUGUUAUUACUAUACAUUUAACAAUAACUAAAUGAACUAAACUAUCGUAUAAAAUAAAAUACCUUUACCAAAAUGGGGUUUUUUUAGAUGGCAAUGAUUCAGCCUAAUUUCUAAAGUUGAAUAAUAUGAUGUGUACGUUUAACAAACGAGCCAACAACGUGCAUUUUAUUUAAUUUGUACAUUGCUAAAUUGCUUACACUUUUCUACAGCAAAAGGUGCGUGGGGCAAGAAUUAGAAUUGUUCACAUAAACGAGGGGCAGAUAAAACAUGAAAAUUAAACAAGUUUAAAUUCGUUAGCAAUUUCUUUAUAUUACAGCGUUAAAGAUCGGGUCUCAUGAUUUCUUUUUCAGUAGAGGUACAUAUAAAUAUGCAUAUAAAAAACAAUUUAAAAUUUGAUUUUCAACAAAUACGAGCCACUUACUAAUUAUAUUAUUAUAUAUAGUUAUAUAUUACUUCGCGCUGCACUGAGCUAAAAAAUUAGUGUAUGCAAUAUAAAAAAACAAUAUUCCUUUUAGGGCAAUUAAUUACUAAAUUUUUGUUUCUAACCAUUUAGGGCUUAAAUUUAUACAAAUUAAACGAC